GGUGGUGUACUAGAUGCCAUCCCUUUGGAGACAAGAGUUGAUAACGCGGUCACUAAUCAAGUCGACAUCAACGCAUGGAGAAUGAGAGAUAUCACAUGCAGAAACUAUAUCUUGGCCACCACAGAUCAAAGUCAGAAGAUCCUUCUCUAUCCAUGUGUUACCGCAAGAGAAAUGUGGGUUAAACUGAUCUCUCAGCAUGCCGCUAGAGCAGAUGACACCAUUCAUCAGAGAUGGCAGGAACUCUACGAUUUCAAGUAUGAUUCUGAAAAAAACGUUACAUCUUACAUCAACGGGAUUGUGUCCAUCGCCAACCAACUAAGAGAAAUGAAUGAGCCAGUUCCUGAGAGGCAAAUUCUUAACAAAAUCCUAGCCGCUCUUCCACCAAACUUUAGAAUGGUGCGUUCCGCAUGGACAGUUGUACCAGUCCACGAGAGAACUAUCGAUAAUCUCACUCGGAGAUUAGUGGCAGAAGAGAGUGUGAUUGCAUCAUAUGAGUCUGAAUCAAAGAAUGAGAUGUCCAGUGCCUUCCGCGCUUAUAACCAUUCGUCCAUCCGACGAUCAAGAGGCAGUUACCAAGCUGGAAGAGGUGGAUAUCCCGGUCUUCAAGGAAACUUUCAAAAUGCCAGGAGAGGAGAGUAAUCGCUACAAUACUGCAUAUCACCACAACCAAUGGGAGCAAUCAAAAUUUCAAAAUCAAGAAUUUGAAUGUGAUCUCUGUGAAGUAGACACCCACAAAACGGCGGACUGUCGGAAACUGGCAAGAGCACGAGCGAUCCUAAAGGCAGACCAGGGAGACAAUUUCCUAACAUGAAAAAUCAAGACUCAGCCUUUCCAGUCUCCACAUCUAAAGAUCAAGACCACGUUUUGAAAAAGCACUCAAAACUCUGUGUAGCGGUUUAAUGCUUUUAGCAGUCAAUCGAUGCACUUAGACCAGAAAUCGGAGCUAGAAGUUAAUAUUGAAUCAGACCAGGCACCUUAUCGACCGCAUAUUAGACAAGAAGAUCCCACUAAAUAUUUCAUUUAUUUAUUUUUUUGUAUUUCAUCGUUUCAUUGUGUUUCGUCUUCUCACUCUCCUCUUCUUUUUUUUUGGGUGUGUGAUUGCCAAAUUCGUUUUGUACUUAUGAUAAAACUCAACCUUCACUAUUAGUUGAGACCAGGUGUCAAAGUGCGCUUCUCCUCAGCAACUAAAGUAAAGGUUGCGUAAACCUAUACGUACCUGUUCACUCUUUUGUUUCACUCAGGAUUCUGUUUAUCCUUAAUAUCCUUAUGUUAUAUAAGACCGUGUCAAUGUGUCUCAGCUCUCUCUUCUAUUUUUCCAAGUAUACGCAGCUCAAG